CCCAGCAGUCGAAGGCCAAAGACAAAAAUCUCAGGAAAAGGAAGAGGGAAAGCAUGGACACUUAGGAGAUAAUGAAGAGAUGAUCAGAGUAUCUACUGACAAAAAACAGGUAAAAAGACAAAAAAGUGAUAAAUAGAGGAUUCCAAGAUGGCAGUGGAUUAAGUGGAAGCUACACUGACAUUCUCCAGGACCAAACUGGAAUUACAACUAAAGUAUAGAAAAAAUCAUUCUGAAUAACCAACUGAAGCCUAGCUGAAGAGAACCCUUAUCACCAAAGAUGUAAAGAGGAGGCCACAUCGAGACUGGUGAAGAAAACUGGUCUUGUGGUGGUGAGAGACAUGAAAAUUGUUGAUCUUCACUGUUCAAGUGAAGAGUUACAUGCUGGGAAAAUUGCUCUUAUAAAACAUGGGUCAAGGCUGAAAAACUGUGAUCUUUAUUUUUCCAGAAAGCCAUGUUCUGCUUGUUUGAAAAUGAUUGUAAAUGCCGGAGUUAACCGAAUUUCAUAUUGGCCUGCUGACCCAGAAAUAAGUUUGCUUUCUGAGGCAUCUACUUCUGAAGAUGCAAAGUUAGAUGCCAAAGCAGUGGAAAGAUUGAAAUCAAACAGCAGGGCCCAUGUGUGUGUCUUGCUUCAGCCUUUGGUGUGUUGUAUGAUGCAAUUUGUAGAGGAAACCUCUUAUAAAUGUGACUUUAUUCAAAAAAUGGCAAAAACAUUUCCAGAUACUAACAUUGACUUUUAUUCCAAAUGUAGACAAGAAAGAAUAAAAGAAUAUGAAAUGUUAUUUUUUGUUUCAAGUGAAGAACUACAUAAGCAGAUGCUGAUGACCAUAGGUUUGGAGAACCUAUGUGAAAAUCCAUACUUCAGCAAUCUAAGGCAAAACAUGAAAGACCUCAUUCUACUUUUGGCCACAGUAGCUUCCAGUGUGCCCAGCUGUAAGCACUACGGAUUUUAUUGUGACAAGACUGAACAGAGUAUUGGAAUUCACAAUCAAAGUUUGCCACAAGAAAUUGCAAGGCACUGCAUGGUUCAGGCCAGGUUACUGGCAUAUCGAACUGAAGAUCAUAAAAUAGGAGUUGGAGCAGUCAUUUGGGCAGAAAAAAAAUCUCAAAAUUGUGAUGGGACAGGCAUGAUGUACUUCAUAGGAUGUGGUUAUAAUGCUUUUCCUGUUGGAUCUGAGUAUGCCGACUUCCCAAACAUGGAUGACAAACAGAAAGACAGAGAAAUAAGAAAAUUCAGAUACAUCAUCCAUGCUGAACAGAAUGCCUUGACCUUUAGGUGUCAAGAAAUAAAACCAGAAGAAAAAAGUAUGAUUUUUGUGACAAAGUGCCCAUGUGAUGAGUGUGUACCUUUAAUUAAAGGUGCAGGCAUAAAACAAAUCUAUACAGGGGAUAUAGAUGUUGGAAAAAAGAAGGCAGACAUCUCUUACAUGCGAUUUGGAGAACUUGAAGGUGUUAGCAAAUUUACAUGGCAACUGAAUCCAGCAGAAACUUGUGUUCUUGAACAAAAUGAGCCUGAAAGCAAAGAGAAUGGAGUGGUGCGCCCCAUCCCCCCGAAGGAAGACGUGCACCCGCACAAGAAGCUGUGUCUCGGGAACCACUGAGGAGUCCCGUCUGCACUGGAGUGAAGACUUCAAGAAUUUUCAUUGCACUUUAAAAAGUCAGCCUUGUUCACUCAGACAGUAAGGAUGGACUUUGUAAAUAGUUGAAAAAAAUUUGAGAACACUAA